CUCUGUUAAUUUUCCGAUGAAUGUGAUCAGAAAUCUGACUUUCAAAUAUCGGCAAUUUUUUUGAUUCAAACAUUAUCAUUAAAUUCUAAUAAUUUUGUUAUUUAAAAAUCUAUUAUUGUUACAAAAGUUUUAUAAGUUAAUUCAUGAUGAUGAUAUCAAUAGAAAAUAUUAUUUUAAGUGUAUGGUUUGCAAGUGUUUCUUGUUAUAAAUUCGAAAACUCUAAUUUACCAGUAACAGAUACUCCAAUCACACACAUACAUGUGGCUCAACUUUUUAAACUUUGCUAUGCAAAUACAUCAAAUCCUAUAGUCAUCACUGAAAAUUUGGCAACUAGUUUGCACAAAAAUUUGGUCGAUUCAACAAAGGCACCUGUCAUUAUCAUCAACGAUGGAUUCAUAUCAAAAGACAUUCAACUGUACAAUCCAACCUAUCCAAUGUAUAUUUUAUCAGUGUCGAGUCAUAAGGAAUUGAAUGCUCUAGUUCGCAAGUUGAUAUUUUCACCCUUUUGGAGUAUUCAAUCAGCGUUUUUCGUAAUCGUCGAAUCUGUAGAAUCAUGUGAAAAGGAUUCUAUUGGAGUUUUGGGACUACUAUGGGAGUUUGAUCUGUUAUCAUGUGUCGUGGUGUGCUCUAGUACCGGCACUGAAACUACUCUCUAUACUUACAAUCCUUUCACGAAACGAGCUCCCGAUCCUUGGAUUGAAAUUGAGAAAAAUUGGUUUGACCACCAUCAACGACCAGUGACCUUCUACAAGCAAUCUUUCACUAACGAUCUUAAUAUAUGUGCGAAUCUCACUUUUGAUAAAACGAUACUUCUUGAUGGUUAUCCUGUUAAAACGGCCGAGGUGAUACCGAAAGAUACACAUUUUUACUUUAAUCGAAUAUUUGCUUCUUUGAACAUGACUCUGCAAAUGACUGCCUUCGAAGGGGAUUCUACUUUACUCGCUUUAUCAAUAAUAAAUGGUGAACAAGACAUUAUUACAGAUGUGUAUGCUGAUUAUGUAACUCAACUUGGAGACUUAGUGCCCGUGACUAUUGAACUUUCUUAUGUCAUAGUAACACAAAAGCGAAGUUUUCAACCAGCAUUUUAUGAAAUUGAAAGUGUGUUCGAUAUUAAUGGCGCUAUAGGGAUAAUAAUUAUUCUUCUUUUAAUUACCGUCCUGAUUAUAUUGCACAAUGGGUAUCAAGUCAGAUUGGCUAUUCUGGAUGUCUUGAAGCUGCUGAUGAGUAUGGGGAUAGAUACACCUCUUGAUCGACUCGCUAUGAAAUUAACCUUCUUUACUGCUUUUUUGUUCGUUUUUAUAUUUGGUCCAGCGCUUGAGGGACAAUUAUUCGCCUCACUUACUCGUCCGCCCUCUCAGAACGUGCACGGAAAAAAAUUAAUCGUGAAUGCAACAUGAUGCAGUCAUGUUGCAUUCACAUGAUGAAAUCAUGUUGCAUUCACAUGAUUUGUCAUGUUGCAUUCACAUGAUAGUCAUG